UCCCUGCAUUCAUUGGGAGAGUUAGGUAACAGCACCAAACACGCAUGUCCGACCCGUUCUAAUUAUACCAAAGUGAUCCGACCUGAUUGUUGUCUGGCGCGGAACCUAGUGGGAAAUAACACUGUCUGAAACUAAUGAGAAGGACGACCGUAUUUGAAUAAGGUGUGUGCUUCUGCGUGCCACCAGCAGAGAUGAGUUACGCCAUGCAGCUGUUGAUUCACCGUGGGGAUUUCUGUCAUGGCCACACACUGAUCCCCCUGGCCCUCCGGUCCCUUCUCCGCAAGCUGAGUUCUGGUCCCCGUGUGAGCCGCAGCCUUCGGGAGAGCUACCAGCUGCUACAGCUUGAGCUUCCGGACGAGGGCGAGAGUAGUCCUGCGCAGGUGAAAGAAGCCUACCUACGCAUGGCCAAGCUGUACCAUCCAGACUCGGGCGCUGCUACGGCAGACGAGGUACUGUUUGCGCGGGUAGAGGAGGCAUACCGCGCCGUGCUGGCGCACCAGUCCCGGCUUCAGAGCUGUGGGGGUUCGAUGGAAGACGAGGAGGAGAAGGUGAAAGGCGUGGCUCCUCAGCACCGCCACUACCUGAGCUAUGAGGGCGUGGGCUCUGGGACGCCUAGCCAGCGCGAGCGCCAAUACCGGCAAUUCCGAGUGGAUCGGGCGGUGGAGCAGGUCCUCGACUACCGCCAGAAGGAGCAUGAGACGGCGGCUGCAGCCGAGGGGGCGCUGGUGGAGAGGGACGUCCGCCAGCGCAGCCGGCAGAUCAAGGUCACGCAGGCAGUGGAGAGGCUGGUGGAAGACCUCAUUCAGGAAUCCAUGUCCCGGGGAGACUUCCGCAACCUGAGUGGCGCCGGGAAGCCCAUCAACAAGUUUGAGCACAACCCGUAUGCCGACCCCAUGACCCACAACCUCAACCGCAUUCUCAUCGACAACGGCUACCAGCCACCCUGGAUUGUCACGCAACGCGACAUCAGAGAGGACAUCGCGCAGAUCCGAGAGAGACUGCUGCAGGGCCGGGCGCGUCUCGUCGACCCCAUGAACCCCAGGGAGCAUGCUCAGUGGCAGCAGCUGUGUGGGGUGGUGGCGGAUGACCUUAAGAAGCUCAAUAAAACGGUGGAUAACUUCAACCUGAUUGCGCCCAUGCUUACCAUGCAAAUGGUCCACUUCAGUUUGGAGCGUGAGAUCGACCGCGCAGAGAAAGCAGCCAUUCAAGGCAGACAGGAGAGGAAGAGGGAAAGAGUGAGGGAGUGGGAGGAGCAGAGAAGAGAAAGAGAAAGGGAGCGGGAGAAGAGAAAUCAACACUCUUGGCAAGGCGGCCUGCUGGCAUGGAUGCAGAAUUUACUAAAAUGAGCAAUGGGCCUUGAAGCAAAAUUAGAUAAAAAAGGAUAUUUCAAAUCAAACUUUUAUUUAUAAUUCAUUUACACAGGUGUCAACACACUUCGAGAGGAUAAGACAGAGGUGUUGAAUCAUUUGUCUUUUAUGUCAUUUGCAGUGUUUUUGCUACAUUGGGUAGAUUACUGUAGCAUGUUAUAACACACAGAAUAAUAGAACAAGCCACUACUACAACACGGUUACUUGACCUUACUGUAACUCAACUGUGCUUUACAAUAAUGCUACACGUGUCAGUGUCUGGACCUCAGGACACAAUGGUAAUGGUAUCGGACUACAAUAAUCCAUUUAAUGAAAUAGUUUUUAUCUACGUUUAUAAGCUAAGCGAUUCUAAUUACAUUGAUUUGUUUCUUUGCUGAAUGAAGGAAUGAAAGCAUAGAAUACUCAAUGUUCGUUAUGAAUGAGCAGUUGACUGAAACUGCUCUGAACUCAAAUACGGGGAAACAGAAACCUCUGAAGAUUUUUUCGCACACUUCCAGUCAGAUGAAAAUCUCUUUAAAUAGGAUGACUGACCGAAUGCUAAGCUACGAUGAGUGGAAGUGUGCAGUGACUUUUUCCAGUUUUGCAUUUUGCCUCCCGCAACUUCACUAAUCGAUUAUGGGUGUGUGCGCUAGAUUCUGCCUAUGAUUGCAUUACAAUAAGAGGUACUGUAACUCAAUCUCUUUCUCACUUGUCAUCGUGACUAUAAUAUGUUAUAUUAGGAUUGAGAACAUCAACACUAUUAUCUCCUCACUAUCCAUCCCAACCUAUCCUGGGAGCUGCUCCAAUGCAGCAGGGUUGCAGAUGACCAUGGGGUUCUUCCCGUUGUCUCCAAUACGUGUGUCUGCCCCAUGCAGUGCCUGUGUGACGGCCCGUGGGAGGGUGAGUCCUUUGGUCCAGUCGUGGGCAAUGUACUGGUGAUACGGAUCGUGGGAGCUCUCUAGCUUCUUGGAGCGGAUGUAGCUCAGCAUGAUACCAAACGUGAAGAAACUAAACAUACCUACCAUCAGUAGAACGUACACAAAUCCCUGAGCUUGAGCCUUAGGUAUAGCUCCGCCCACUGGGAGAACGGCAUGUUGGGUAGUGUAGUUUUGAGAGAGUACUGGGACCAGUAAACCUGUGCCGUUCAGACAUUGCUGUAGGAAGGAUAGCAGGAGAGUCUGCAGCUCUGUGCCGUUUAAGUGCAGCAUUGCUGAUCUCUGCUGGUUGUGGAAGGGAACUGCUGCUCUGUCAACUGAUGAGGGAGGAGAGCCUUGGUCAGUACGCUCGCACAAUGAGACAAACAAAAACACACAUUGCAGAAAGUCUUAACACAGACACAGCACAGACAAUUUGACACACACAAACACACAAACUAAUGCUGCGGAACUCACUUCUCUGUUCUCUUGCUGUGGAUAAAAAUAUUUUAUCUCUAGUUGCUCCGAUGGCUUCUGCCUCAGUUUCUGUUGACUUACCUGUGAAAACAUGGUAUUACACAUCUAAGACACAAGUGUGGAACAAAUUAGCAAUCAUAGAAGAAAUAUGUAAAAUGAAGAGUGCAAAUACCUUUGGAAACUCAAGGUAUUGUUGCUCAAAGGCGCUAGUAGAAGAGGAUGAUGGUGACCUUUUUAAAUAGAGUACUCCGUUGAUUUCGAGGUCUCCAGAUCCCAUAAGGGUAUAAACUGUAAGGUAAUCUGGUUCCACCUACACUUCCACUCCAAGACUUGUCUUUCUCUCGCUCUCUCUCUCUCUCGCUCUGUCUCUCUCCCUUACACACACAUACACACACACACACACACACACACACUGACAGACACAAAGAGCUUAACCACGUCAACACGUUUAAUGAGCCAUAGAUGUCAUGUCAGAGGUCAAGGUCAGAACCUCCGCAUGGUAUGGUAGUGGUGCCGUGUGAUUUACUCUUAUGACCGCAGGACACUGGUUCAGUUACGGACACUUCAGUACAGUUAAACCUGUGUGGUAAUAACUCUGUUAUAGUUGUCUCCAUAGCUAUGAUCACCUGGUCAACAUGCUUCAGUGUUGUAAGGUGUAUGGUCAGUUUGUGGUCACUUCUGGAUUGUCAUAUCUGUAUGUAUGGUGAGUCUUAUGUUCAUGUGUGGUUGUGAUGGAGCUAGGCUGUAGAACAAAGCGGCAUUCAGACUGGAGGGAGAGUGGCGAGAUUAAGUUACAACAGGAGCAAAUCACAAAUCACCUCCAAACGUCCUAGCUAUCCCACUGCUUUUCCGUGUGUGUGUGUGCGUGCAUGCGUGUGUUACAUAGAGACUCACCUUCAGGGGCCUAAGCAGUCCAGCGAACAUUCAGCAUUGCAGACAGAAUGAACAACAUAUAAUUGUGUCAAUAGUCCAUUCUACAUGAUAAACAUGUAUAUGCAUGUUUCAGUGUUAUUUGCCUCGAAGCGAGCGUCACCCCGCUCCUCCGCUCUCUCCACUGGCUUCCAGUUGAAGCUCGCAUCCGCUACAAGACCAUGGUGCUUGCCUAUGGAGCUGUGAGAGGAACGGCACCUCCGUACCUUCCGGCUCUGAUCAGGCCCUACACCCAAACAAGGGCACUGCGUUCAUCCACCUCUGGCCUGCUCGCCUCCCUACCUCUGAGGAAGUACAGUUCCCGCUCAGCCCAGUUAAAACUGUUCGCUGCUCUGGCACCCCAAUGGUGGAACAAACUCCCUCACGACGCCAGGUCAGCGGAGUCAUUCACCACCUUCCGGAGACACCUGAAACCCCACCUCUUUAAGGAAUACCUAGGAUAGGAUAAAGUAAUCCUUCUAACCCCCCCCCCCCCCCUUAAAAGAGUUAGAUGCACUAUUGUAAAGUGGUUGUUCCACUGGAUAUCAUAAGGUGAAUGCACCAAUUUGUAAGUCGCUCUGGAUAAGAGCGUCUGCUAAAUGACUUAAAUGUAAAUGUAAACAUAUCCCAGUGACUAGACCCCAGGCAUUCUGCACCUAAGGAGUCCUUGGGACUAUCUCAUAAUUUGCAGAUAAAAUAUUAUUUGACUAUGCCUUUAGAUGUUUGGUGUAAGCCUAUACAAAACAAAUAUCCUAUAAUCCUAUUGUAUCUUUUUCUGUGACCUCUGGAAUAAUUGUAUAACUUAUCAUUAUUGAUCAUAUCUUACUAUUUAUUGCUGAAUAUCAA